CUACACUUUGUAUCAAACUCGUCUCUUUCCAUAAUCAAAACACAAUCUUUGGAGUUGAUCCACACGAUACACGAAAAUGAAAGGUGUAUUGGGACAUGAGAAUGAUGUGAUGAGUCUCAUUGCAACUGAGCUCAGGUUGGGGCUUCCUGGAAGAACUGAAGAAGAGUGUGAACAGGAAGUAGUGUCAACUGCCAAAAGCAACAAGAGGGCCUUUCUAGAAUCAGAAGCUGAAGAUUGCGAAUCCAAAGCCGAUCCCUCACCUGUUUCCAAGUCACAGAUUGUGGGAUGGCCUCCUGUGAAAUCAUACAGGAAAAACACCCUCCAGGCAAAGAAGGGAGAUGGGGGAGGUGAUGGAAACCAGAAUGGGAUGUAUGUAAAAGUGAGCAUGGAUGGAGCACCUUACCUUAGAAAGAUUGACUUGAAGAUGUACGGAGGAUAUCCCGAACUGCUAAGUGGUUUGGAGAAGAUGUUCAAACUCACAAUAGGGGAUUACUCUGAGAGGGAAGGCUACAAAGGAUCUGAAUAUGCCCCAGCCUAUGAAGAUAAAGAUGGUGACUUGAUGCUUAUUGGGGAUGUUCCUUGGGGAAUGUUCUUGUCAUCGUGCAAGAGGUUAAGAAUAAUGAGAGGAUCAGAGGCAAGAGGUUUGGGGUGUGGACAAUGAAAUAGUACAAAUCAUGAAGCCCAAAAUAUGUAUGAGUUGGAACUUAAAAAAAAAAAAAAAAACUCAUCCAGCCAUCCAGCAGAGUAUAUUGUUUUUUUUGUGUGUUCUCUACACUACAACUCAGAAGUGACAAAAGAGUUUUUCUUUUAUGUUGUAAUGCCAUAACUGUCUAUUUUUCUUUGCCUAAUUUAAAGCAAGGAAACCAUGGAGGUUUCAUUAUCUAUCCUGUAAUAUUUUUAUUAAUGUUGGUCCUGUUGUUCUUGUUGAAAUCCCCAACGAACAAGAAGUGUAUAUUAUAAUUUCAGGCGUAAAUGUACAAAGGAGUUUUGAUCUCUUUAAUCUAUUCCCAU